ACACCUGUUUUUGGAAAUUGAAUAAAAUAUCGAGUGGAAACAGGAAAACCUUUUUGUUUCACUAUGCGAUUUAGUGGGGCAUUGCUAGUUGGAUAUGUAUACAAUCGAUUAUUAUACCACCAAAGUGCAUUAUACAACCUGACUACAAAGAAAAAUGGAACUACACCUUCUGUUGUGUGACUAUUUCAUGUAUUCCAUCCCUUUUCUUCAGGUUAUUAGAUAGAAAUGGUGAAAUGGUCCAUCAUCGAAUACUGUGGUUUAACCGAGAACUCAUCAUGUGGCUACUGCAAGAAUGCUGGACAUAAAGCGUCGUUAGGUACGGAGAGUGGAAUAGUGGACCCGGAUGAGGGUGACUCGGUGUCGUUUGGUGUCUGGGCUCACAGUCUCAGUCCUGACAACUAUCAAGCUUUACUAGACAAAGGAUGGCGGAGGUCUGGCAAAUACAUCUAUAAACCAACGAUGGAAAAAACGUGUUGCCCGCAGUAUACAAUUAGACUAGAUUCAACUAAAUUUAUCCUUUCAAAAAGUCAACGAAAGGUGUUGCGCCAAAUGAAUGAGUUUCUGAGAAAUGAUGUGAAGCCCAAAGUCAAAGUCCGAGAAGAAGCACCUAUGGAUGCACAUCCAGCUUCGUCAAGCAGUACUUCUGAGAAGAAGCCACACGAGAAAGGCGAUAUCUCCCUCAAAAAAGUCGAUAAAACAGAAAAUCCUGUACAGAAAAAGAAAGAAAUGAGAAGACAGCGAUGUUUUGACAGAUGGAGAGCUAAGGGAUUGAAUGUGGAGGAAAUGAAGAAAGCGCGAGCUGCGAAGGAGGAGGCUCGACGAAGGACCGUAGAGUCAUAUAUUUUGGAACCAGAUGAAAAGUGGAAGCAUAAGCUGGAGGUGAAACUCGUUCGAACUAAUGCACCAGAGUUCAAGGAGCGGUACGAUGAGUCCUAUCUACUAUUUGAAAAAUAUCAGAGAAUUAUUCAUAAAGAUGAUGAUUCGUCCAAAGCUGGUUACAAGCGCUUUCUGGUGGAUACUCCGCUUUUUGAUGAUGAGAUUUUGCGGCCGUCAUCCAGCUCAUACGCUACCGGUUCAUACCAUCAAUGGUACAUUUUAGACGGGCACCUUAUAGCUGUCGGAGUGAUAGAUAUCUUGCCACGAUGCGUUUCAUCAAAAUAUAUGUAUUAUGAUCCCGACUACGCUUUUUUAAGUCUAGGCACCUAUACUGCAUUACGGGAAAUUGCUUUUACCCGCGAAGUGAUGAAGCACCGACCAGAGACGAGAUAUUACUAUAUGGGCUACUACAUUAGUACUUGUCCCAAAAUGAGAUACAAAGGAAAGUUUAGGCCGAGUGAACUGUUGUGUGACCGAAGCUUUCAAUGGGUCCCGUUAGACGAGUGUCAGCGACUUCUGAAGGCGAACAAGGACAAGUUUACGAUAUUUCGUCCUAACGACAGCCCGGCGGAAAUGCAAACUCGGGAACAAUUGUUGCUUUUGGUAGAUGGAAAGAUUUUGCCUUACGCUGACAUUGCCGAUCUAGCUCCAUCACUCAAAAAAGUGGCUGAUUUGCCCGCCGUCAAAGAGAAACUGGAUUCGUUUGCUAGUCGUAUUGGUAAUGAUAUGAAUGGUUUAAUAUUGUUUUUAUCAGAAUUUCAAGACGUUGACUCAGAUUGAGAGGCUAAUUGUGUAGGCCUUGUUAUAUUGUUUCAACUGUACCAAGUUCAGUUGAUGGAACCUAGUGAUAGCCAAUUCAUGUGCAAAUGUAUAAUUCUUGUAUAUUGUAUCUGUGUCAUCUCUUACAUAGGUCAGAGUCAAUCUGUAUACUCACGAAUGCAAGAAACAUCAAACAAG